CGCACACAUCGUUCUUAUCUCGUCGUCCCGUCUCCAGUUCUCCCCGCGAAGCGAAGGUCUUUGUGGCAGCGAAGGUCUUAGUGGCAUCGACUCGGAAAGGAAGAUGAAAGCCCUCGUGCUCCUCGGGACCGUCUGCGCCUUCCUCGUAACGCCCUCAUGGGGUCUGAGAUGCCAUUCCUGCGCUGAGGCGGACUGCCAGAUGGAAGUGAGCGAACAGAUGCAAGAAAAUUGCGAUAACCUCAUAAUCAUCCCUGGCAAGGAAUUCUAUUGCGGCACCGGCUUCUCUGACGAUUCCAGAGAGAAAGUCGUGAGGAGGAUGUGCAUUCAACACGAACCCGACAACGCAAAUAACUGCUUCUCGAGCUCUCUCAUCCCAGGCGCAGAAUUUUCAUGUCUCUGCUCCGGGGAUUUCUGCAACGAUCACGUGAGCCACCGAGUCACUGGGGUCUCUUCCACCUCGAAGGCGGUCGUCGCCCUCCUCGCCUCCAAUGUCUUCGCUGCGUUCGUCGCGGUUUGAUGUCCCUCCGUUCGUCGCUUUUCCGGUUUGCGGGGUUGAUGAAAGCGAAUUCUGUGAACGUGGGUUUCCUCGACAGUAAAAUUGUCUUGUUUCUAUA